AUGUCCAAAGGCUGGAUGGAGUUGGCCCGGCGCUCUCUGGUCCGUCUUUGCUUGCCUGGUGGGGGUGGAGGGGGUUGGCGGUUGGCGGUUGGCGAUGACUCUGCCGAGUGCGCGAAUGUGGCAAGGAAAAGAGAACGAGAGGAGACGGAAAAAAGCAGGUCCCGGGGCGGGAAUGCAUGGAUGCAGGCCCCAGCCCCUGCGCAUCGCGCGGCAGAGCACGCACGGGGAGGGAAUACGGGAAAUCUGAACAGGAGAAAGAAAUCGUCGAGUUUCGAGCGAGGCAGCAAGGCAGGCAGCAAGGCAGGCAGGCAGGCGCAGAUUCGCACGGUGCAGCGCGCGCUGGACGUCGCUGUCUGGCCACGGUGCGGACCGGGCUGGCUUGGCUGGUGGAUGGCCGACGUAGACGACGACGACGACGACGACGACGACCCUGGCUGGCGCCAAAGGCUGGCUGGCUGGCCGUGGCUUGGCAUGGCGGUCCGCCAAGCGCAGCCCCCUGUGAGUCGCGGCGCACCUUCCCCUGCAGAGCCCAAGCCGUGCCGUGCGCACCUGCCAUGUUGGGCGUUGGCCAACUCGGUGCAACGCAGCUUGCGUCAACAUCCGCAGCCAACGGCAAGGCAAGGCAAGGCAAGGCAAGGCAAGGCAAGGCAAGGCAAGUUCAUCACGACACGCCCGACCCAGCACUCGCGCGCUCACGACGGUGACGCUUGCUCGCGUCUGUCUGCAGGUUGGGGGUUUUCGGUUCCUGCGUGGUGCCGCUAG